CGUUCUCAUUAAAUCUUUUGUUUCGCUACGUUCUCAAGGUCGUCAUCGUCGUAGUGGUUUCCUUACAGUUCCUUUAUAUCAAAGCAACUGUCUACGGAGAGGUUUCGUGGACGAAUUUACAUCAAGCCUCGCUGAUUUAUAUCAAUAAUACAAAGUAAUUACUUCCCGGCGUCUGUUCGAUUCUUUACUCCAUACAAAGUGGGUUUGAGUAAAAUAAAUCAUUUUCCCUUGAUUUACCUGCGCACCAACCGGCGAUGAAUUCACGUCCAACCUCCAUCUCUCAGCAUUUGAAUAAAUAAUAUGUGAAAAUAAGAUGCUUCCAACGUAAAAGGACUGGUUUCUAACGUCUGGAAUGCCCGGAGCAAUAUUUGACGAGGGUCGACAUGGCAAAAGUAAGUGCGCUUUGAUUGCAAUCUUCUAUCCUUCUUGCGACGAAAACACCUUCUUGGAUUCUAUAGACAAAAUAUGAAAAUUAAGUUAUGGCAAAGUUCGACUAGUAUCGAGGCCAUCUUUUUCUUUUUCAGUCAAAAACUCGCCUGUAACAUUUAACAGCGGAGCUCGCAGCGCGCGCAACCUCCAAGAGGGAGCUCUAAAUCUUGAAUCACGACAGAUUUUGGCGAAGACAUAUUCAGUUACUAGGUGUAUACGUUUGCCUUUCAGCCUUAUUUCAAAGAACUAUUGCUGAUCUGUUCAGUUUCAAGCUAAAUUUGCUCUAGAUUGCCUCGAUUUUCCCAUUUUUUUCAUGUGAACACUUAAUGAACAAAAUUUCCCUUUACUCCUCGACACCCCUCAUUAAAUGAUUCCUAGACAGACAAAUGUAAUAGACCUAUUCUUCACAAUGCACAUGUAUGUUUGCUGAAAGCAGCUUUGAAAAAAGACUGAAUUUUAAAGUAAAACUGAAUUUUAAAUUAAGCCUGGGAAAUAAUAUCAAUCAGCUUUGAUCAAAUCUCAGGGACUGGGUAAAGGUGUUAACAGGGAUGGCUUACCAUGAAAAAUUAAUUGACUUUUUUUGUGUGUCUUUUGGUUUUUCAUUGUAUUUUGUGUUGUUUAAACUGUAAACUUUGCUGCCUUUGUUUGUUUGAUUUCUGUUGUGCCACAGACUGACUCUUAACUUGAAGAAAAAAAAGUUUGCAUGGUUUUCAAUAAUUAUGCUUUCCUGUGAUUUCUCUUUACAGCCAGUGUUGUAUUCUUAUUUCCGAAGUUCUUGCUCGUGGAGAGUUAGGACUGGUAUGUCAUGACAGUGUUUUUUAGAUUGCCUUAUUUGAUAUCCUCAGCUACAUCAGAUGAUAACUGGGUUUGGUCAAGGUCAAUAAUAUUUGGGGCAUGAAAGAAGUUGGAGCAUAAUUAAUAGUUUGACUGAGUGUUGAACAUCCAAUUUUUCAAAUAAGAAUGUUACAUCCAGAACAUUGUUGCUGAACAAGAAAGCUACUAAAAUUUUGGGAUGCUCUUAAAAAGUUAUUGCAUAAUUGAUCUACCCAGAUUGGCACAGGCACAAGUUCAAGAAGGUUGUAUUUAAAUAUUCCAGUAUUUUUUAAAUUUUUUUUCAUGAAAGAACAAAAUAUAAAAAAUUCAGUUUCCUCAAUGUUCUAACAAAAAGAAAUAAUAAAUCACAGAGUGACCUAAAAUGAAACAUAGGCCAAGCAUUAUUUCCCAAGUCUUUCAUCGUAAAGCGUUUGCAAAAUAGAUGCCAACUGCCUACUUUUAUGAUUAUGCAAAUAAUACAAGGCUUCUUGUGAAACUCAGUAAUGCUACUAUUGUGUUUCCUUAGCUCUUGCCUUAAAAGAAAUUGAUUAUGACACACAUGCUGUUCACUUGCUGAAAGAUGGAGGCCAGCAAGUAAGUUUUUACAAAUGUCUUUGAUUGGCUCUUUAAUUUUGAGUGUUCACAUGAAUGAGGUGGACACACAACAUGAUAUGAUAUGAUAUUUUUUGUUAAGAUAUCAAAGCACAGUACUUCUCCCCACCUAUCAGUACAAUAUUAAGCAGACAAGUAGUGAGAAUAAAGAAAAAUAUCAACUAGGGGAUUAUUGGUCGAUCCAAUUCCAAAUUCUCCAAACUAAUGUUAUAUGAAUUGUAUGGCAGAAAGUAAGGGGAAUUACUAAUGAUAUCUUGGGAGUUAAUGGGUCAAUUAAAAAUUUUGUAUAUAUGAUAAUUUAUGCAUCUGUGUGGCGGGCUUCAGACACAGAGAAAAGGCUGUCAUGUUGAUAGGACCUUUAAGUUUGCAACUGAUUCAGCAAAUUUAGACAUAUUAAAAAGAGGAGUUACCGGUAUCCAUUACAAUAGAAUAACCUUACAUGAGAUAAAAUAUGGUUAACUUUGUUAUUUAUAUGUGCAAAAAUUAUGAUUGUUCUUAUAAAGUUUUCAGAUGAGUUUAAAAAGUUAAAUCCCAUGGGCUAUGUUCCUGCUCUGGUUAUAGAUGGACACACCCUUGCUGACUCAGUAAGUGUGGAAUCUUUGCAUUUGGGUAGCGUUAGUCUGUGAAGGAAGCCUCAUGAAAUUCUGAUGAAGGGGGGAGGGGCAAUUUUCCAUGGACUAGCAUCUCAUCCAGGGGGGAGUAGAAAUACUCCUAGUCAUGAUUAGGAGCACACUGGAUGAGAUUAUUUCAUCCUUAGUAUCUUCUCUUCCUUCAAUUAGUUUGGCAGAUACUCUUCGUCAAACGACCCAUGCAUUGGAGAUCCUGAUAAUUGCGAGAUGCAGAGGAAAAAAAUACACUUAUUGAUUAAAAGAACAUUAAGCUUAGGGUCUAAUGGAUCAUGUUCAAUUUUGCAGCUGAGCAUAAUAGAGUAUCUGGAUGAAACAAGACCUGAUCCCCCCCUGCUACCUAGAGAUGACCCAUUCAAGAAAGCACUGGUAUGAAGUUAUCCUCUGUUUUUGGAAUAUAGAAAAUUCUACUGUCAAUGUCCUCAGAUUUGAAGCUGAAUUACCAGUAGUCAUAUAUACAUGAUCUAAUUUGGAGCAAUUUUCAAAAGUAAUCUGGGAUGCUUUGUUUUCUGCUUUACUUUGCUCUAUGAUCAGUCUAGAAAACUUUCACCACCUUCACAACUAAUGAUGUGCAAAACUAAAACCAACCACAACUUGGUCGCCAGCAUUUUCUUGCAUUUUAGGCAGUUUGGUUGGUUUAGUGUUGAUGUCUUCUUGGCUCUGAAAAGUAUUCUUCUUUCUUCUGAUUGGCCAUUCAUCGGGUGGUGAUGACUUUGAUUUUACUUUUAUUAAUGAUACUUAAUUGAAAAGUACUCUAGUUAGAUUGAAAUUAUCAAAUUUAAUUUGUGGAAAAUCUUUCAGGUGAGGCAAGUGAGCCAAACAAUAGCCAGUGGAAUACAACCAAUCCAGAAUCUUUCUGUCCUGAAGUAUCUUGGCGACGAGAGAAAAGCAGAAUGGGGACAUCAUUGGAUAAACAAAGGAUUUCAUAGUGAGUCAACACAUUCAUUAAGUGACUUCCCUUUAUAAUAGAGGCAAUGGUAUGCAGCAAGUUAAAUUAAUUGCCUUCUGUUUUCUGGCAGUGCUUUUUACACUUUCAGUUCAAAGUGAUAAUAGUUAUGUGAGCUGUGAACAAGAGAUUCUUACUUUCUUUUAACUUUCUUGAUGUAAGAGUGAAAGGUGAGCAAGACUAGAGCCAAAUUUUCCUCAGUGUGCUGUUGUCAUGGGCAUGAUCCUUUAACUUGGUAUUGAUUGAGAGGAGAAGCUCCUCUGCAGCAGAUUACCCACAAUCAGCCAAUACACGUAGAUGGGCACAAAGCUCAGUAGGCUAUCUGGUUCAUGUGCAUUGCAACCUUUCUCCUACCCCUCCCCCUCUCCUUCCCUCUUCUCCCCUCCCGACUCCUCCACACUUAAAAAAUGUUAAAUCAGAUAUGGGUCUCAUUCAAUUGUGCAGUUUAAUCAUAAACCCUUUUAAUUAGCUCCUAAGAGUGACUAGAAUCUAAUUUCUCCUCACAAUGCCACCCCUGAAUCAAAUUUUAUGGUCACCGGAAUAAAGGAAAUGAUCACCAACUAAAGAAGCUCUUGAUUGUUAACCAAAUUCUCAUUGCCAACACCUUAGGAAAUGUAUAGAGAACAGUACUGAGAAUACACAGAAUGCUGUUAGAUUAUAGAGGGUUAAAUAUUAAUCAUCUUGACUAACAGAUCUAGAGAAAAUCUUGGAAAGGACAUCAGGGAAGUAUUGUGUUGGAGAUGAGGUAACUAUCAAUAAGAAAUAUGUUUCUUUAAUAGGUAAUGUAAUUACUGUUACAAAUGUGCUCUCUUUAUAAUAAGAAAUCUGUUAAGCAUAUCUGUAAUUAAUUGCUUAUCAUUUUCAACUUGGCAGAUAUCAAUGGCUGACUUAUGCCUGGUUCCUCAGGUGUACAAUGCAAACAGGUAUACCAGUUGUUUGAAGGCUGAUUAGGGCCAACCUAGGGUUAAAUUUUAAUCUGGGUUUCUUUAUCCCUUUGUUCAAAAGACUUUCUAUAAUUAUUGUCUAUUUGAAAGGCAUCCAGUUAUCAACUGUAGACAAAUAACAAUUAUCUUAACCCAGCUUUGAACAACCCGGCCCGGGGCUCUUAUUUCAUAUUUAGGUCAGGAUGGGGGGCAAUUUUUUUGAGGGAAGGAGCUGGGUAAGAGCUUUUUUGAGGGAGGCACUUAUUUCCUUUUCCCCAAAUCUUGAACAGACAUGAUUUCUUUUUCUUGCUAGAGAACAUUUACUCAACAACAAAAUAAUCGGUGUGUUAAUAUACAGUAGCUGACCCUAGAGAGUUGUUACUCAAAGUUAUUUUUCCAAGCCUAACUUGUUCACAAAGUGAAAGAAUAAUGUUGAAUGGGCAAGCUAAUUUCAAAAUUAAGCUCUUUACUAUUUCAAAAAAUGUAAUCAUUAUUGUAAAGGAAAGGAAGGAGGGAAAGAUGUGAGCAUGAUUUGAGCAGAGGCAGUAAUUUUGAGGUUGUGCAGAGGGUGGUCCAAGAUUGUGCUCUUGAACUUAUCACAUCUGUGUUGUCAAUGGCUUCCUAUGAGUUCUACUCUUCUCGCUAGGGGAUGGGAGUGAAUGGGCAGGGCAAUUUUUUGAGAGGAUGGGGAUGGAUGAAAAAGGCAAUUUUUUGAGGGGAUGGGGGUGGAUGGACAUGGUAAUUUUUUUAGGGGAUGGGGGUGGAUAGACAAGGUAACCUUUUUCAAGAGGAUGGGGUUGGAUGGACAGGGUAAUUUUUUAAGGGAAUGGGGAUGUAUGGACAGGGUAAUAUUUCAGGGGUAUGGGGGUGGAUGGACAGGGUAAUUUUGGGAGGGGUGGGGGUGGAUGGAUUGAGGCAAUUUUUUUAUAUGAUUUGGGCGAGAUUGCUUUUGGGCGACUUGACCUUAAACUGCUACAUUUGAAUCAUAUCCUUCUCACACAAGGCUCUUUUUGGUGAUAGGUUUAAAGUUGACAUGUCCCAGUUUCCAGUCAUAUCAAGAAUUAAUGAUGAUCUCUCCAAGUUAGAGGCUUUCAAAGUGUCCCACCCUUCUAAACAACCCGACUGUCCAGAAGAAUCGAGGGAGUAAAUGCAUAGCGCACUAGGACUUAAAGCAGAGAAAGUAAAAUUUCCUCUUGAUGAAAUUUCGUUAAGCGUGGCCUUUCAUUUACUCCAAGGAUAUUUCUAUUCAGUCAUAUUCAUUGAUUGAAUUAAUAAUCUAAUUUACACCGUUUAACGUAUGUUAGGAAUUCUGGUAAUAAAGUGUCAAAAUAUUACAAAUAAAACCUUCUGCGCUUCAGAAUCUUACGAUUCCAACCUCUUAACAAUAAGAUUAUAAGCCCGAGACUUUUGUCGCGUGACAGUUGAUGACAACGAAACCCAAUUAAACUAGUAAACUAUAAAUCUCAGAGUCGAUCAAAACGGUUACCGAUCACUUCCCCGACAUGUCAACUCGCCAACAACACUUGUAAAUUUGCCAAAAACCUUUGUUCAACUCGUCAACACCACUGAUC